CGGAAGGCCGCAGCAGCGGCGGCGCAGCCUGUACGGCAGCGGCCGAGGACGUUCCUGAUUGGCUGGUGUGGACCAGCGCUGACCCAAUCAGCAAGCAGCGCGCGCAAACCCCCGGCCUGGCCGGUGACGGGAGCGCUGUUGCGGCCUGAGUGCUGAGGGGAGUUGAGAUUGGUUCUGGCUGGUUUUUCCAUUAAGGUGAAGAAAACUGUAAAGGAUAUGUCAGAGAAUCAACCAGAACUACAUCCAGAUAUUACUACAGAUAUGGAAGUUGUUAUAGAUACUGAGGAAGAACUUAUUAAACAGUGUGAAAAAAUGUGGGAAGACAUGGAAGAUUGCCAGAAUAAAUUGUCACUCAUUGGAACUGAGACACUCACUAGCUCAAAUGCUCAGCUCUCAUUACUUUCUAUGCAAAUCAAAUGUCUGACUGCUGAACUUGAUCAUUGGAACAAAAGAACACCCGAAAUAACUCCCCUGACUGAAGAUGUUUUGAUAACAUUAGGAAAAGAAGAGUUCCAAAAAUUGAGAUGUAAUCUUGAAAUGGUAGUAUCUACUAUUCAGUCAAAGAAUGAAAAGUUAAAGGAAGACUUAGAAAGGGAGCAACAGUGGUUGGAUGAACAACAACAGAUUCUGGAAUCUCUUAAUGUAUUGCACAGUGAUUUGAAAAACCGCAGUGUGACAUUUUCUGUAUCAAGAAUCGUUAAAGAGCUGAAAGCUAAGAUGCUUAGUAUAAAAGAUUUUAAGGAGAAACUUCUGUUUACCUUGGGUGAGUUUUUAGAAGAUCAUUUUCCUCUGCCUGAUGGGACUAGUAAAAAGAAAAAGAAAUGCAUGCAAACAUCAAAUGCACAAUUGAUAACACUGCAUGAAAUAAUAGAGAUUUCUCACUCCAUAACUCCAAUCAAACAAAUGAAAGACUUGAUGACAACACCUUUAAGUCUUUGAAGAAAGAAAUUGAAGAAGACACCAUAAAGUGGAAAGAUCUCCCAUGCUCUUGGGUAGGUAGAAUUGACAUAAUAAAAACGGCAAAUUUAGCAAAACUAAUCUGAAACAUGGUUAAAUGAAGGCUCAAGGUCAGAAAUUGGAGUUCAUUCUGAAGAUUUGAAAAGCAAAACAGCCAUUGACUCUUACCUUGAGCUCAGUAUUAAAUGGCGAUCCUGCCUCCUAGAAUCUCAGAAUGAAACUGCAUCUAAGAGCUGUCUUGCCCCGUUUUUUAUUCUUCUCUAGGGCUGGGAUUAAAGGCAUGCGCCACCUGAUUUCUAUGACAACUAGUGUGACUACUGAGAUUAAAGGCGCAUGUCAUUGUGGCAACUGGGAAUAAAGAUGUGUGUUACCAUAUUUGGUCUAUAAGGCUGACUAGUAGGACUGUUUUAUUCUCAGAUCUUGAGGCAGUCUUUAUUUAUUAAAAUAAAAUUGAAAUGCCAUUACAUUCAAUACAUAGUCAAUGCAAUGCCCAUCAAAAUCCCAGCAAAAUUCUUCACAGACCUCGAAAAAACAGUACUCAACUUCUUAUGGAAAAGCAAAACACUCAGGAUAGCCAAAACAAUCUUGUAUAAUAAAGGUAUUUCUAGAUGCAUCCCAAGCUCUGACUUCAAACUACUAUAGAGCUACUGUAGUAGAACGAAAACAGCAUGGUAUUGGCAUAAAAACAGACAGGAGGUCCAAUAGGACCAAAUUGAAGACCCAGAUAUCAAUUUAUACACCUAUGAACACCUGAGUUUUGACAAAGAAGCAAAAAAUAUAAAAUGGAAAAAAAACCAUAUUUAACAAAUGGUGCUGGCAUAACUGGGUGCCAACAUGUAGAAGAAUGAAAAUAGAUUAAUGUCUAUCACCAUGCACCAAGCUCAAGUCCAAAUAGAUCAAGGACCUCAACAUAAAACCAACCACACUGAACCUCAUAGAAGAGAAAGUGGGAAGUACACUUGAACACAUUGGCACAGGAGACCACUUCCUAAAUAUAACCCUAGUAGCACAGAUAAAAUUAAUAAAUGGGACCUCCUGAAUCUGAGAAGCCUCUUUAAAGAAAAGGACAAGGUCAACAAGAUAAAAUGGCAGCAUACAGGAUGGGAACGAUGUUCACCAACCCCACACUGGACAGAGGGCUGGUCUAUAAAUAUAUGAACUCAAAAAAUUGGUCAUCAAAAGAACAAAUAAUCAAAUAACAAAAAUGGGGUACAGUCCUAAACAGAACUCUCAACAGAUGAUUCUAAAAUGACUGAAAGACAUUACAUUUAGGGAAAUGCUCAAUAUCCUUAGCUAUCAGCAAAAAGCAAAUCAAAACAACUCUGAGAUUCCAUCUUACACAUGUAAGAAUGGCCAAGAUUGAAAACACUGAUGACUACUUGUGCUGGAAAAGGUUGUGGGAUAGAGGGAACACUCCUCCAUUUCUGGUGGGAGUGCACACUUGUACAGCCACUUUGGAAAUCAGUAUGGCGAUUUCUCAGAAAAUUAGAAAACAACCUGCUUCAAGACCCAGCAAUACCACUCUUGAGUAUAUACCCAAAGGAUGCUCAAUCAUACCACAAGGCUCAACUAUAGCCCAGCCCAAACCUGGAAACAUGCUAAAUGCCCUUUACUGAAGAAUGGAUAAAAAAGACAUGUUACAGUUACACAAUGGAGUAACUGAACAUACAGUGGGAAAAAAUGAUAUCUUGAAGUUUGUGGGCAAAUGAAUGGAUCUAGAAAACAUUGAGGUAAUCCAGACUCAGAAGGACAAACAUAAUAUGUACUCACUCAUAAGGGACUUUUGGACAUAAAUCAAAGAAAACCCAGCCUAUAAGUCACAAUCCCAGAGAAUGUAGAUAACAAAGAGGACCCUAAAAGAGACAUACAUGGAUCUAAUCUACAUGGGAAGAAGAAGAAAAAGACAAGAUCUGAGUAAAUUGGGAGCAUGGGUUUCAUGGUCGAGGGCAGAAGGAGUGGGGGUAGGAAAGGAGGGGAGUGGAGAAAAUAUAUAGCUCAAUAAAAAAGGGAAAAAAAUAAAUUGUUCCUAUUAUACAAUAAAAGAUCAUAAAAAGGGGUUAUUAAAAAUUUGUUUUCUGUCGUUUGAGAAACAGAAAUCACCAGAAAACCAAUCAAGUCCUCAAAGCCUGCUCUCCACAAAAGAAAUGCCAUUAAAAUAAAUAAAUUCUUGCUCCAUUGUUUUACUUGAACUUGACUUAGUUUUCUGAUUAUGCCUCAGUCAUUGGCAAGAUAUCUGAGAAAAAUAACUUAAGGAAGUAUUAUCUUGGGCUAAAAAGUUUUAGAGAUACAUCUAUGCAUGGUUGGUCAGCUACAAAAGACCUUAGCAUGUGCAGUGUUUAAAGUUUCUGCUUAAUAACAAUUUUGUGACCUACUGUUCAUAAGGGAAAAUUGACUCCAAUUGCAUGUUAAGUUACAGUGAAUAAUAUACAUGUCCCCAAGACAUGAUUCUCUGCCUUUGUUCAUAAUUACUAGAAGAGACAGAAGCAUAUGAUCUGCUCUUAUCAACAACUCUGAGCUCAUAAAAAUAACUCCCCGACUACCAUCACAAGGUGA